CUUCCUGGGACCAUCCGCCAUCCCUUUAAUGACGGGGAGCCCUGGAAACACAUCGACCUCCGUUAUCUCGCAACCAUGGCCGACGUUCCAGCGAUAAUAAACAUCGCGAUUUCCUUGAAAAUUCAACCCAAUGACGGACCCGUGUUUUAUAAAGUGGACGGGACGAGGUUCGGCCAGAGCAGGACAAUCAAAAUGCUAACCGGAUCGAAAUACAAAAUCGAGGUGAUCGUGAAGCCGGGUAGCGCGGAGGCCACCACAAUGGGAAUUGGCGGAAAGAGCUUCCCGUUGGAGCAGCAAUCCAAAGAUGAUGAGCAGAUCAUCUACAAUGGCACCUAUGACACUGAGGGUGUGCCACACACCAAGAGCGGGGACAGGCAACCUGUGCAGGUCUCCAUAGAGUUCAAAGAUGCUGGCAUGUUUGAAACCGUAUGGCAAGUGAAAUACUACAACUACUACAAGAGAGAGCACUGCCAGUUCGGCAACAGCUUCAAUUGCAUCGAGUACGAAGCCAAGCCCAAUGAGACUCGCAGCCUCAUGUGGAUAAACAAAGAGGUCUUCCAGUAAAAUACGAGCGGAACGGCACAGCAGCAGCAGCAGCAAACCUGCACAAUAUGUCCUGUAACCAUCAUGGGGCCGCUGUGUGCGAGACAGAUGACUGCAAAUUGCUCAAGUGAAAUAAGAAGUGACAAUUAAAGGCUCCAAACCAGUGAUCCAUCAGGGUAUCUGUUCACCAGUCAAGCACUGCAUCUAUUUGUUGUACCACUGGUCAUGCAUGAUCUGAACGUCUCAGUUUAAACAGAAUUUCUCCUCGUUUAUGUCUCUUCUUCUUUAUCAUGCCUGAGCUGGUGAAACCGAAUUUUCAGCUCUCUGUUGGUCAUUUGCACAGCACAUAUCUGCUCUAUUAUGGUUACAAAUACACCGAGACCAUCUUUCAACAAGACUCAGAUGAGAAAACUGCUCUGCAGGCCUGUAUUUACCCCAGCGGUUUGCUGUUUUAGAGACGGGCAGCGCUCCACAAUGCUUGCUCAAAAAGGUGCUGUAUGAACAUACACAGGCUAUACAUGAUACUCUAUAUUAGUAUGUAUAAUGUAAUAUUAUAUAAGUGAAGACCGGUCAGUUAAUAUCGUGGUCUUUGGGGACCAGCGUAAAACAAUUAUUUAUUUGUGACAGGCGUGUCUGUUUGUGUAUGGUGUGAAAGGAUGCUUAAUUAUUUCCUAUUUUGUGUUACUGUUGUUCACUGCUUAAACUGUUGUUUAUGUUGCCUAUUUUUCACUGAAGCAUUAGUUCACUGGUGAGUUAAAAGUGAAUCAGAAAUGCAGUUAGUGCUUAUUUUUGCUUAAUUCUAUGCCUAUUUUUAUUUAUGUAUCUGAUGGUUUGUUUGCUCGUGGGGUGCCUAGGUGUGUUGCCGAAUAUCCAUUUUGAUUCUUGUGUGACUUUGAGCCAAACUUUUGACUUUUUGUAAGAAUAUAAACAAUCUUGUUGCUUGAA